AUGAUCAGGGCCGCCGCCGCUUUUCUUCUCCUCAUGCCCUAUAUUGCCUCGGCGAUUCCAAUCAGUCCAGAUUCGGUAGAUACAGCCAGUGUCCUCCUCUGCACCGAUGUCAACUACACCGGCACCUGCACCUCCUAUCCCACACUGCUCGGCAACGACAACUGCAACUCCAUCGAUAGCGACAGCAGCACCGUCAAGUCUAUCAAAACCGACGAUGGCUUAGACUGCAUCUUCUACUCGUAUGUGUCAAUCUCUUCUCAAGUUCCUUCGUCUUCAUCUCCAAUCAUGCCAACGAAACGCCAUCAUAGCAACGGUGUCUGCCGCACCUUCUUCGACCCGUCCACCGAAUCCUUGACGGUCCGCGCCCCUGGAAACGCCGAUUUAGGUGCCAUCAGCGGCUGGAUACAGCCGCUGCUGAGUUACGAGUGCGUUUCAGUCAAGGCGACCGAGUUUGCCAGCCAUCUUCAAGCUCUCGACGCUGAGGAUAAGAAAGAAAAAGCAUCUGACAUGUCUGGCUCGCCAAGUGUGAUCCGCGGAUUCGGCGUGGAGGCUGGUGUGUCGUCGAGAUGA